GGCAAACCAGAAUUUGGAAGUUGAAGACCAAACUUUGUUCCCGUUAUGAUAAUUUGGACGCUAUCUUUGGAAAUGAUUCUGCUACAGGAGAUCGUGCUGUUACCGGCAAUGACAUUUUAUCCCCCGAUCAUGAUGAAAAUCUGCAUGAAGUUGAUGGUCAAAAUGAGGAUACGGAUCCAAGCCCCAUUCACUCUCCUAAGCGUAAUGCCGAAGGAGGAACUAACAAAGUUCGCCAUCGACAUACCCAGCCUAAUGAUGAGAGUCUCGUUGCCCUAUCAAGCAUUGCCGAAUCAUCUAAAAAAAUUGCUAAUACUAUGGAGACUCAAGCAACAUUAGAUACGCUAAACCACAUCAAUUGGCAGUUGGUUCUAGAAAAAUUACAAGGCAUGAGUAUAGAAAAGAGUGACAUAAUGCAAGUAAUGAAAAUAUUUCGAUCGGAUGAGAGUCUGGCUAGAGUAUUUAUGAGUUUGACUGAUGAAGAAUUCAUGCGUGAUUUAGUAUUUGAGAAUCUGGGCCGUGAUCCACCUCCACUAUUUUAAGAUGACUUGC